AUGAAACGUGAGGCGUAUGGAGAUGACGGCCCGAUGCAGAAACGUCACCGGCAUACUGAUGAGGAAAUCACCUUCCUUAUACCGAGUAAGGUGGCGGGUUCGAUAAUUGGGAAAGGGGGAUCAAACAUAUCAAAGCUCAGAAGUCAGUUUAAAGCCUCUAUAACAGUCCCCGAUUGCCUCGGCCCCGAACGCGUACUGACAAUCACGGCGGCGGAUAUGGAGCUCAUUAUGGAUAUCGUGAAGGAGAUCUUGCCGAAUUUGGCUGAUAAUCAAAGAGGAAAUGCCGAUGAACUCGAUAUUCGUCUGCUCAUUCACCAGAGUCGAGCUGGGUGUGUGAUCGGGAAAGCUGGAUCCAAAAUAAAGGAGUUACGUGAGAAAACUGGUGCACGUCUGAAGAUAUUCUCUAGUCCAGCGCCGCAGAGCACAGAGCGUGUAGUACAGCUUGUUGGGAGUAGUGAUGCCAUCGCAGCUGGCAUUCGUGAAGUGCUGGAACUUAUACGACAGGUACCCAUUCGAGGUGCUGUACAGAACUACGAUCCUCACAAUUAUGAUGAUUUCUAUGCGGAAGAAUACGGAGGUUUUGGAAACGGGCAGGAUAAUGGUCGGGGCCCCCCAAGCCGCGGGCCGCCUUCGCGUGGCCCUCGCAUGCCUCCUGGUAACAGAGGCCCCCCGCCCCGUGGACCCCCAAUGUCCCGAAACGGACCUCCACAGAGACCCUUCAAUGACGGGUCAGGGCCUCGUGGAAAUUUCGGGCCGCCGCGGGGAAAUUUCAGUGGUGGAAGUGGCUUUAACAGAGGAAGUCCUAAUUUUGGCAAUAACAACAGCCAACAAGAGACCACCACACAAGUGACAAUACCUAAAGAUCUGGCCGGUGCGAUAAUCGGCAAGGCGGGUUCCCGUAUACGCAAAAUACGUGCGGACAGUGGCGCCUCCAUCGAGAUAGCGGAGCCAUUGCCUGGCGCCUCUGACCGCGUUAUCACUAUUAGUGGUACACCACAUCGCAUACAGAUGGCGCAGUACUUACUGCAACAGAGUGUCCAUGAAAGCAACCCAUCUCUGGGAGGCCGCGGUGGGAAUUAUUGA